CUCUCUCUCUACAAAGAAAAAAAUAAAAAUGGAAAUUUCUCUGGACAAAGUUGCCACCUCCGUUCUUUUCGUUAUAAUGACAACGUUGUCAUACAUGAUUCUGAAUUGGGUGUGGUUAAGACCAAAAUAUUUAGAGAGGUGCUUGAGAAAGCAAGGUCUUGUAGGCAAUUCCUAUAGACUUUUCUUCGGGGACACGAAGGAUGGCUCUAUGAUGAUAAAGCAAGCUUGUUCUAAACCCAUAGAACUCUCUGAUGAUAUUGUGCCACGUGUUCUCCCCUUUGAACAUCACACAGUGAAGCAUUAUGGCAAGAAUUCUUUUACAUGGCUUGGCCCAAGACCCCGUAUUAACAUUAUGAGCCCUGAACAAAUCAAAGAUGUUUUCACCAAGAUGGGUGACUUUCAGAAGCCCAAAACAAAUCCAAUUACUAGAUUGCUUGCAAUGGGAAUAAUAAACUACGAGGGUGAGAAAUGGGCUAAACACAGAAAGAUUAUCAACCCUGCUUUCCAUUUAGAGAAGUUGAAGCUUAUGUUACCUGCAUUUUAUCAAAGUUGCAUUGAUAUGAUUAGCCAAUGGGAGAGGUUGACCUCUGAAAAUGGAUCCUGUGAGUUAGACAUAUGGCCUUAUCUUGAAAACAUGUCAAGCGAUGUGAUUUCAAGAACAGCAUUUGGAAGUAGCUAUAAAGAAGGAAGAAGAAUAUUUGAACUUCAAAAAGAGCAAGCACAACUCUUUGUAAAAGUAUCACAAUCUGUAUACUUUCCUGGACUAAGGUUUUUACCGACUAAGACACACAGGAGGAUGAAGGAAAUUGCAAGAGAAGUACAAGACUUACUAAUGGGAAUCAUUAACAAAAGGGAGAAGGCAUGCAAUGGCAGAAAUGACGACUUAUUAGGCAUACUAAUGGAAUCAAAUUCUAGAGAGAUUAAGGAAUUUGGUAAUAAGAAGAGUGCCGGAAUGAGUAUUAAGGAUGUAAUUGAGGAAUGUAAGCUUUUCUACCUUGCUGGGGAAGAGACAACCUCAGUUUUACUUGUUUGGACAAUGGUUUUGUUGAGUAAGUAUCCAAAUUGGCAAGCUCGUGCAAGAGAAGAGGUUUUGCAAGUCUUUGGUAAGAACAAACCUGACUUUGAUGGGUUAAAUCGCCUUAAAAUUGUAACCAUGAUAUUCAAUGAGACUCUAAGGUUGUACCCACCAGCAGCUUUACUACCUCGAAGGGUUCACAAGGAAACCAAGCUAGGAAAUAUGAUUAUACCAGCUGGAGUGGAGAUUGCUCUACCAAUAAUCCUAGUCCACCAUGAUUAUGAACUGUGGGGUGAGAAUGCAAAACAGUUUAACCCGGAGAGAUUUUCAGAAGGCAUUUCAAAGGCAACAAAGGGCCAAGCAUCAUUCAUCCCAUUUGGUGGGGGUCCGAGGAUAUGUGUUGGUCAAAACUUUGCUCUAGUAGAGACCAAGAUGGCUUUGUCACUCAUUUUGCAGAACUUCUCAUUUGAGAUGUCCUCAUCCUAUGUUCAUGCUCCUUGCUCAAUCAUAACUCUUCAACCUCAAUUUGGCGCUCACGUUAUAUUACAUAAGAUAUAGUACCACAAAGUUGUUCCAAUUAAGCAUGAUCUAUCACCAUCGUGCCCCAUGGCUUAUUUGGUGUUCUAUUUAUUAUUUAGUGAUUAAAAUCUCAUUUACUAAAGAACAAGAAAGAACAUAUUAUGAUUUCCACUCUAUUAUAUUAUGUUUGUGUUUCUACAUC